AUGUCGUCCGGAAAGAGAGCCAUUCAUCAUUCCAACGAUGAUGCCCCGAAUAAGAGAUUCGCCGUACAGCCUUCGAGCGAAUCCAAACCCAACACAGAACGCAGCACUGAAUUCAGCACCAAAACCAGCACUGGACCUAACACUGGACCCAGCACACAAUCCAGAUCGCAAGAGCCUAUCGCUUCUCGAGACGAUGAAGAGCCGAAGAGGCCUUCACGAGCUACCAUUACGCCAACCGAAACAGGCGCGCAAGUUCCUAUAAUCCCAGAACGUUUCGUAAACAGGACCGACUUUGAAAUCCAUUGGCCUGAAAUACGAAGAGCGCCCAUACAAUGUACCUCAUUCGGUCCCGAAAACGUCCCAGUUGAUCUAAUCAUCUGCCGUGGGGCCUAUGACGACAAGGAACUCUCAGAUCGGACUUACGACGAUUUCGCGGCCGGAUUUGCACAAGAUUUAAGGCUCCUCUACUUCAAGAAGCGCGUGCGAUAUCGUCAGAACCCUGAAUGUUUUCAAACUAUCGUGAACUGGCUAAACGAGGUAGGUUAUCACUUCAAGGGCGCGUUUGGCGGACGCCGCGAGAUAGGUUUAUCGGCCGUGCAAGCGACAACCCAAUGGAGCAAAGGAAAGAUGCCGAAUCAACUACGACUAGUCCUAUUCAACUAUACACCGUCACCUGGGGACCCUCUGCUUCAGCUGCCAAGGGAGGUGAAGGAAGUGUUGUUCAUCUACGGAUUAAGGGGCGACCCCACGUAUGAUCCGAGUAAACUGGAACCUAUCAGAGAGCACAUAAGGACAAACGGCGUGGACAGUCAGGUACUGCUGGUAGAAAACGCGGGUGUGGAUAUGGCGAUUGAGCCAGAGCAGACGUCGAGCUUUGUUGGUAGAGAAUUAGGGAGAGCGACCGCGCGCUGGAUGAGCGGACAAUUCCCGCAUUGGAGGCAGGAAGAGAUGGACGAGGAGCAAGAUAGAGCCGAAACCUCCCACACCGUCGAGCAACCUCAGAUGAACGAGGAGUCAUUGUCAGACGUGGAGCUUCUUUCAGACGAGGAGCCUCUCUUAGACGAGCAGUUACUGUCAGACGAGGACUCACAGCCAGAGAUACCCAGGAUGGAUAGUUGGCUCAUUAGGUUCGUUACAGUAUCUGACGAGCCUCGCAUAGAGUGGGUGGUGCAUCCUGGGACUCAGACGACGGCGUCCGAGGCAACCACAUCUAAUGACACCAAUGCGUCUCCGCGAUCAUCUCUUGUGGACACACCCCAUAAGGCAGUGCGGAAUGACUACAGUAGAGAGUCGUAA